AAAUGAAAUACAACUGUCUGCUAUACUUGACAGUACUCUUAUUUGUCUGUGUGGUUCAGGCAACACCUGCGUGGAAUACAGUGAACGGCUGGAACGUUGACGGUAGUAAGUGUCCUUUAUCAACAUAUAAUGCAUACCCCUGUCCCGUCCUAUGUGUCCGAGAUAUUUCCAUGUGUCCUCCACCUGUCCGUCCUUCAUGUCCUCCUGGUCAAACCUAUUGUGUUGAUUCUAUCUGUCGGGCUCCUCCUCUUGAGAAUGGUCCUGUUUACCAAUGUUUGGACAAGUCUCGUGUGAACAUUGACAACUUCAACUCUUCCAAUAAGGCAGAACAAGCAAGCACAGCUUGCGCUAAUCAUCUCGGCCUUUCAAAUGUUUCCUCUUGGAAUCCUAAUCCUAAUAUGAUAAUGUGGGGUACUUGUCCUACACCGGAUUACGGAAACCUUACCUACACUGAACCCGUCUUCAUCGCUCUCUAUGCCUUUUAUGGUUCCUGUGUAUUUUUCCUUGGCACAUGGGCUCUCUACAAGAGCUUUAGAGAAAAACUGAUAAAGUCCAACUACCACAAGGUGAUCGAGUCCAAACGAGAUGUUUUCGUGGACAUCAAAGAGACUCUCAAAGUGAACUCUGAAAAGAAACCGCCUACGGUCGACAGUGGCUCAAUAAGCAGUAAGAGUACAGAAGAAGACCAAGAAGAGAUGGUCAUUAAGGCAUAUAAACGUGAUUUCUUUGGAUUGAUUGUUUCUGCUUUGUACAUUCUACAGACAAUUGGCAUGGUUGCGUACAUGGUCCUAAUCGUAUACGAUUAUUAUCAAAACUAUUACUUCUUUCGAGGGGUUGCUGUGGUCCAGUCAAGUACUUUCAUAGGCAUGUGGUACAUCUUUUUUCUCUGGUUUGCCUGUCUUACCAUCUUCAAAUCUCGACUUGCAAACUUUUUUCGAAUCCAAUGCACAUAUGACGAAGGUCAAUACAUCCAGAUCGAACGAAAGGAGGCAUCCAUCAUCUUCUUGGAGGCCGAAGAUUCUAUCGUACGCUUUGUAAGAUACCUCGAAAAGAUGGCCAAAAAAGCGUCCGGCCUAGACGUCGUUGUGGCUACGGCUCCUUUAAAGAAGACUGCAAAUGGAACUAAAUACUUUAUCUACCAGUGUACUCGCUAUGUCUAUCAUCCCAAGGUUCAACUGUUCAAGCCACAUCAUUACAACUUGGGCGAAACCAAUGCCGACCUUGCCAAGCUGGACAGUGGUUUGAGUUCUGCAGUAGCUCUCGAACAUGAAGAGAUGGUGGGUCCCAACUUUAUUGAGGUCUAUGUUCCCAACGUACCUAUGGCUAUUCUCCGAGAAUUCUCUUCCUUCUUUUAUAUCUACCAAUUCACCGCACUUUGGCUAUUUUAUUAUUUUGCUUAUUGGCAGGUAGGCAUUGCUGAUACAGCUGUUAUUCUCAUUUCGGCUAUGGUCAAGGUGACUGUGCGUCUCAAGUCAGAACUUCGUAUCAAAAAAAUGGCUGAGUUCACAGAUGAAGUCAAGAUUCUACGCGAUGGUCAGUGGAUACAUACAUCUACAUCUGCACUCGUUCCUGGUGACGUCUUUGAGGUGUCUGAGGGAAAGACGGCUGCGUGCGAUGCUGUGAUCUUGAGUGGUAAUAUUGUUGCAGAUGAAAGCUCUUUGACUGGCGAACCUUUACCUAUCCGUAAAUUCCCACUUCGAAAAGACGAUCCAACAACAUAUGACAAGAUGGGUGCAGGUAAAACGUCUACCAUCUACGCAGGCACUAUCAUUUCUCAAGCUCAACGAACUGAGCCUGACAAGCCAGUGAUGGCGCUCGUUACAGGUACUGGUACAGCUACGGAUAAGGGUGAACUGGUCAAGAAGAUUCUCUUUCCUACACGUGUAUCAUUUAUCUUUGAUGAACAGAUCAAGGUCGUCUUCCUCAUCUUGCUUUGUUGUGGCCUUAUCUGUCUUGGUCUGGCUAUUUGGCUCUACACAAAGGGAACCAGUGCUUGGUUCUAUGCCAUGUUUGCUAUCUGUCAGCUUGUCUCUCCAUUGCUUCCUGCUGCUCUUGUCGUCGGUCAAUCGGUUGCUGCUGGACGUUUACGUAAAAAGCAAAUCUUUUGUGUUGACCUUCCUCGUAUUCUCAUGGCUGGAAAAGUACAAAUCUUUUGCUUUGACAAGACGGGUACCUUGACAAAAGAAGGGCUUGAGUUCUAUGGUGCCAAGCCCAUUAAGGAUAUAAACGAUAUUAUGAAGCAGAGACAAGAUGGUGUAAAGCCUGAAUUCGAUAGACACAUUGCAAAAGUACAAGAUAUCCCUCGUCUGAUGCAAAUUGGUCUUGCAUCUUGUCAUGCUGUUACCAUUCUCAACGGACAGUUCAUUGGUAACCCUGUUGACAUUGAGAUGUUCCGAUCCUCAAAAUGGAAAUUGAGCGAUGAACCUGAAAAUGAAGACUAUGUUGAUACCUUAACACCUCCUAUGCAAACACCUGGUGAAGUAGGUGCCCCAGUGCAUGUACUGAAGCGAUUUGAAUUUGUUCAUGCCAGGAUGUCCAUGUCUGUUGCCGUACUUGACACGCACACAAAUAAGGUUCAUAUCUUUGUAAAGGGAGCCUAUGAAAAGAUCAAGGACUUGUGCCACCCCAAUUCCAUGCCUGUAGAUUAUGAUGCUGCCACAGCUGACCUGGCUCGUCAAGGAUGCUACGUGCUUGCCCUCGCACAUCGUGAAAUUGAUCUUGAACAGAUCGGCGGUAUUUCGACAUUCAAAAACUGGAAUCGUGAUCAGAUGGAACAAGACAUUCAUUUUGCAGGAUUGAUCGUCUUUAAGAAUCUUCUCAAGGAGGAUACAACAGAGAACAUUGCUGAAUUGAAACGUGGUGCGACAAGAACAGUGAUGAUCACGGGUGAUACUGCGCUUACAGGAGUCUAUAUCGCUCGACAAUGUGGUAUGGUUCAACAAGGUGCUCGUGUCUUGUUGGGAGAUUUGGAUAAAGGCAAAAACCGCAUUGUUUGGUCUGAUGUGAAUGAACCUGAGCUCUUUCCGGACGUCAAUGUGGACGAGGCGCUCUUAAAUCAAGAUCAUACGCCAGUUGAACUGGCCGUGACUGGUAAGGCAUUCGAUUGGCUUUGUGAUCAUGACAAGAUGAGAAGGUAUCUCUUGGACACUCGUGUAUUCGCUCGUAUGACGCCCUCUGGUAAAGUCAAGUGUAUCCAACUUCAUAUGGAACGUGGUAUAACAGCUAUGACGGGCGAUGGCGGUAACGACUGUGGUGCUCUUCGUGCAGCUCAUGUUGGUAUUGCCAUGUCAGAUGCUGAAGCAUCGAUUGUGUCUCCCUUUAGUACAAGUAUUCGCAGUGUACGCUCUUGUGUCGAAUUGAUUCGUCAGGGUCGUGGUGCUCUUGCUACAUCCAUUACAAACUACAAGUACUUAGUUAUGUACGGCCAAGUAAUGAUGAUGCUAAAGAUAUACACCUUUUAUUUUUCUAUUACCAUGUCACAAAAUGUCUGGAUUGCCGUUGAUGUCCUCAUUACCGUCUUGCUCACUUGGGCUGUGUCUCAAUCACAUGCUGCUAAACGACUCGAGGAUCAGCGUCCUACUGCGCAAUUGUUGGGUCCACAGACACUUGCAUCCGGUUUGGGGCUUGUCACCAUCAAUUGGUUAUUCCUGAUAGGUGCGUUUGUGAUGCUCUUCAAGCAGUCAUGGUUCCGAUGCCACGAAUUUGAUUCGUCCGCUGUAGAUAUUUCCAAAUGGUGGCUAUUGGCAGACAACUAUGAAGCUGAGGUGCUUGCGCUUGUCUGUUUGUUCCAAUUCAUCAAUAAUGCAGCCGUGUUCAAUUUUGGUUACAAGUUCCGAAAGAGUUUCUACCGCAACUAUGCGCUUGUCUUCCUUUGGCUCCUUUACAUUGCCAUUGUUUCUUAUUGGUUAUUGGCCGAUCCCAAUCGUUUCGGAUGCUUAUUCCGUUUCAACUGUGGAACAAGUGAAGUGCUUGAACAAAUGAAUUAUACCGUACCACCGAUCUAUAUUGAACCAUAUAAUACACCACUAGGACAUAAUGUCAUGCCUUGGGAUUUUCGAUGGAAACUAUGGGCUCUCUGUAUUGGCAAUUGUUUGGCAGCUUUGGCUUAUGAGAAAAUAAUUGUGAUUGGACCUGUUCAUAGAUGCUUGGCAGAGAAAUACCCAGUAAAGAGACUUGAAGUAAAGAGUUAAAAAGAAUGUAUACUUAACAGCUGGGCUGUUCUUGUUCUAUAUGUAAAAGAUAAUUGUGUAAUGAAUAAAGUAGUUUUGCAUUCAUGUUUUUUG